CUAGGCACGUUCAAGUCUGAUGAUGGGGACUACUUCGUAGAGCCACUGUUAUCACUCGAAGAACAGGAGUAUGAAGAAGAGCACAAUAAACCACAUCUAGUUUACCGACACCGGACACCUCCAAACAACUCUUCAGGGGACAGGCAGACCUGUGAUACUCCAGAUCAUGAACACAGUCACAAAAAGAACAAGCGGAAACACUGGAGAAGACAAUGGGCAGAGAACAGCAUGUUGUCUGACGUGGAGAUGUUAAAGCACAGCCUGGAAGUGAAUUCGUUUUCUGCGGAUGGCAACAAGACUGGGAACGUCAGUGAAAAGAAGAGCCACAGAAGAACAAAGCGGUUCCUCUCCUACCCUCGGUUUGUGGAAGUGAUGGUGGUGGCUGACAGCAGGAUGGUCGCCUAUCACGGUGCUAAUCUACAGCACUAUGUCUUAACGUUAAUGUCAAUAGUGGCGUCUAUCUACAAAGACCCAAGCAUUGGAAAUUUAAUUAAUAUCGUGAUUGUGAAAUUGGUCGUGAUACAUAAUGAACAGGAUGGUCCUGCAAUCUCUUACAAUGCUCAGACAACAUUAAAAAACUUCUGCCAAUGGCAGCAAUCCCAGAACCACCCUGAAGGCAGUCACCUUCGACAUGACACAGCCGUGCUUGUUACCAGACAGGAUAUUUGUAGAGCGCACGACAAAUGUGAUACUCUGGGUCUGGCAGAACUGGGCACAGUCUGUGACCCCUACAGGAGCUGUUCAAUUAGUGAAGAUAACGGACUGAGCACUGCUUUCACAAUAGCACAUGAACUUGGCCAUGUAUUUAACAUGCCACACGAUGACAAUCAUAAAUGCAAAGAAGAUGGAGGUAAAAAUCAACAGCAUGUCAUGGCGCCAACACUGAACUUCUACACCAAUCCCUGGAUGUGGUCAAAAUGCAGUAGGAAAUAUAUCACUGAAUUUCUGGACACUGGUUAUGGGGAGUGUUUGCUUGAUGAACCUACAUCGAGAACUUACACGUUGCCUCAGCAGCUCCCGGGGCUGAUUUAUGAUGUCAACAAACAAUGUGAGUUAAUUUUUGGACCUGGAUCUCAAGUGUGCCCGUAUAUGAUGCAGUGUCGGCGACUUUGGUGUAUUAACAUUGAUGGCGCGCACAAGGGAUGCCGUACCCAGCACACACCUUGGGCUGAUGGGACAGAAUGUGAGCCAGGAAAGCACUGCCGGUUUGGGAUGUGCGUGCCCAAGGAGCGAGAGGCGCCGGUGACAGAUGGAGCGUGGGGGACAUGGAGCCCUUUCGGGACCUGCUCGAGAACCUGUGGCGGUGGCAUAAAGACGGCAAUACGGGAGUGCAAUCGGCCCGAGCCUAAAAACGGUGGGAAAUACUGCGUGGGUCGUCGCAUGAAGUUUAAAUCCUGCAACACUGAACCGUGCUCGAAGCUGAAGAAGGAUUUCCGGGAUGAGCAAUGCGCUGACUUUGACGGGAAGCACUUUAAUAUCAACGGGCUGCCCACGAACGUGCGCUGGGUUCCCAAAUACAGUGGCAUCCUGAUGAAGGAUCGGUGCAAGUUGUUCUGCCGCGUGGCGGGAAAUACAGCGUAUUACCAGCUGCGGGAUCGUGUCAUCGACGGGACGCCCUGUGGCCCCGACACAAAUGACAUCUGCGUGCAGGGCCUUUGCCGGCAAGCUGGAUGCGAUCAUGUGCUGAAUUCAAAAGCAAGAAGAGAUAAAUGUGGAGUUUGUGGUGGGGAUAAUUCUUCAUGCAAAACUGUUGCAGGCACAUUUAACACGGUGCAUUAUGGCUAUAAUGUUGUGGUCCGCAUCCCAGCUGGUGCAACUAAUAUUGAUGUGCGUCAGCACAGUUACUCAGGGAAACCAGAGGAUGACAACUACCUGGCCUUAUCUAACAGUCAAGGAGACUUUAUAUUAAAUGGAGACUUUGUCGUCAGUAUGUUUAAAAGGGAAAUCAAAGUUGGGAAUGCUGUGAUCGAAUACAGCGGAUCGGAUAAUACUAUUGAAAGGAUUAAUUCUACAGAUCGGAUUGAGCAAGAAAUAACGCUUCAGGUUUUAUCAGUGGGCAAUUUGUACAAUCCCGACGUUCGUUACACGUUUAAUAUCCCCAUUGAGGACAAACCUCAGCAGUUUUACUGGAACGCGUAUGGCCCGUGGCAACCCUGCAGUAAGCUCUGCCAAGGAGAACGAAAAAGGAAACCCGUGUGUACAAGAGAGUCGGAUCAGCUCACGGUGUCAGACCAGCGAUGUGAUCGACUUCCCCAGCCUGACCCCAUCACCGAGCCCUGUGGCACAGAAUGUGAAUUAAGGUGGCACAUCGCAAGGAAGAGCGAGUGCACAGCCCAGUGUGGGCUGGGGUACCGCACCCUGGAGAUCUACUGCUCCAAGUACAGCAGGCUGGAGGGGAAGAUAGAGAAGGUGGACGACCGCUUCUGCAGCAGCCAGCCCAAGCCGAGCACCAGGGAGAAGUGCACUGGAGACUGCAAUGUGGGAGGGUGGCGGUACUCGGCCUGGACCGAGUGCUCCAAGAGCUGCGGCGGGGGCACGCGGCGGCGGCGAGCCAUGUGCGUGAACACCUACAAUGACAUCCUGGACGACAGCAAGUGCAGCCAGCAGGAGAAGCUGACGGUGCAGCGAUGCAGUGACUUCUCGUGCCCCCAGUGGAAAACUGGCGACUGGUCCGAGUGCCUGGUCACCUGCGGAAAGGGGCACAAACACCGCCAGACCUGGUGCCAGUUUGGAGAAGAUCGGUUAAACGACAGGUUUUGUGAUCCUGAAACGAAGCCGGAGUCAGUGCAGACAUGCCAGCAGCAGGAGUGUGCUUCGUGGCAAGUGGGGCCCUGGGGACAGUGCACGAUGACCUGUGGCCAAGGCUACCAGAUGAGGGCGGUGAAGUGUGUCGUGGGCACCUACAUGUCCGUGGUGGAUGAUAACGAGUGUAACGCUGCAACCAGGCCAACAGAUACCCAGGACUGUGAAAUAGCAGCAUGUCCUCCCCAUCCAAACAGUCCCGAAGCCAAGAGAUCUAUAUCGGGCAUUCACAGGACACAGUGGAGAUUUGGAUCCUGGACACCAUGCUCUGCAACGUGUGGGAAGGGUACCCGGAUGCGAUAUGUCAGCUGUCGAGAUGACCAGGGCUCGGUGGCCGACGAGUCAGCUUGUUUCCACCUCCCGAAGCCAUCAGCCACAGAAAUGUGCACCGUGACGCCGUGCGGGCAGUGGAAGGCCUUGGAGUGGAGCUCUUGCUCGGUGACUUGCGGUCAAGGUAAGGCAACGCGACAAGUGAUCUGCAUCAAUUACAGUGACCAGCUGGUGGAUAGGAGUGAGUGCGAUCCAGAAGACCUCCCCGCCACCGAGCAAGACUGCUCCAUGUCUCCUUGUCAUCCAAACAGCCAUGACUACGGCAGGCCCAUCCACCCUUUCCUCUAUCCGGAUCAUCGCCUGAAACUGCACCCUGGAGGCAGUCCCAACCGAAACCGUGCACAUAUACCGGGCGGCAAUCAGUGGAGGAUUGGCCCCUGGGGUGCUUGCUCUAGCACAUGUGCAGGGGGGUUCCAGCGACGGGUCGUGGUGUGCCAGGAUGAAAACGGAUACACCGCAAAUAACUGCGAUGAGAAAAGCAAACCCAUGGAGCAGAGAUCGUGCGAAUCUGGCCCCUGUCCUCAGUGGGCUUAUGGCAACUGGGGAGAGUGCACGAAGCCAUGUGGGGCAGGGACGAGAACACGGCUGGUGGUGUGCCAGCGCCCGAACGGAGAAAGGUUUACGGAUCUGAGCUGUGAAAUCCUUGACAAGCCGCCAGACAGAGAGCAGUGCAAUGUGCAGGACUGUCCUAGAGAUGCUGCCUGGAGCGCUGGUCCUUGGAGCUCGUGUUCUGUCUCCUGUGGAAGGGGCCAAAAGCACCGGGAUGUGUACUGUUUGUCAAAGGAAGGGAGGCAUAUAGAAGAAGAUUAUUGCAAGCAUCUUGCUAAGCCCAAUGUGCAAAAGAAAUGCAGAGGGGGCAGAUGUCCGAAGUGGAAAGCAGGAGAUUGGGGACAGCGGGACUGUCACCUCCCCGAGUGUCCCACGCACCACUGGGCAGCCGGUGAAUGGCAAGCGUGCAUGAAGACGUGCGGGGAGGCAUCCCGGUACCGCAAGGUGGUCUGCGUGGAUGAGAACAAGCGGGUGCAGAACAGCGGCUACUGCGACGCCAGCAAACGCCCCCCCGAAAUCGAGAGCUGUGGGCUGCCGCCCUGCGAGUACAUCUGGAUCACUGGGGAGUGGUCGGAGUGCUCUGUGACGUGUGGGAAGGGAUACAAGCAGCGCCUGGUGUCCUGCAGUGAGAUUUACACCGGGAAGGACCACUACGAGUACGGGUACCAGAACACGGUCAACUGUCCUGGCACACAGCCGCCCAACAUUCAGCCCUGCUACCUUGGGGAGUGCCCCGUCUCGGCAUCCUGGCGCGUUGGCAACUGGGGAAGCUGCUCCGUCACCUGCGGAGUUGGAGUCAUGCACCGCUCGGUGCAGUGUUUGACGAACGAAGACCAGCUCAGCAGCUUGUGCCAUGCAGAUCUGAAACCCGAAGAGAGGAGGACAUGCCACAAUGUCCAUGACUGUGAAUUACCGAGGAGUUGCAAAGACGUUAAAAAUCUCAAAGGUGUCACAGAAGAUGGCGAAUAUUUCCUUCAAGUCAAAGGAAAGAUGUUAAAGGUGUAUUGCUCUGGGAUGCAAACUGACAGCCCAAAGGAGUAUGUGACCCUUGUAAAUGGGGAUGAAGAGAAUUUUUCAGAAGUGUAUGGAUACAGGUUGCAUAACCCGACUGAAUGUCCAUAUAACGGGAGCAGACGAGAAGACUGCCAGUGUAGGAAAGAUUACACAGCAGCUGGGUUUUCCACCUUCAGCAAAGUAAGGCUGGACCUGAACACUAUGCAAAUAAUAACCACCGAUUUACAGUUUGCACGGACACAUGAUGGGCGACCUGUUCCUUAUGCCACUGCUGGGGACUGCUACAGCGCAGCCAAAUGCCCGCAGGGUCGCUUCAGCAUAGACCUCUAUGGGACAGGGCUGUCCUUAACAGGAACGGCAAAGUGGCUCUCGCAAGGGAAUUACGCAGUGUCGGAAAUUCAAAAAUCCCCAGAUGGUACCAAAGUAGUAGGAAAAUGUGGCGGUUACUGUGGGAAAUGUACUCCAUCAUCUGGAACAGGCCUCGACGUUCAGGUGUUAUAG